GAGCGGCCGCGGGGGGCGCGCAGCAGCGGCGGGCGGUGGGCGCAGGAGCCCCCGCCCCGGCCGCCCGGGCCCAGCGCAGGAGCCGCGCCCGGAGCAGGGUGUGUGGACAGGGACUUAGCACCCCUGGGAAUCUGCUCCUCCAGUCCUGCUUUUGGACACGUGUAUGUGUGAGAGUUAGUAGCGCUGCAAUGCCAGGAUAGAGGACUCCCGAGACCCUUGCAGGAAAGUCGCUCGCCACCCGCAGUACCAUCUGCCAGCUCUUUCCAUGCUUAGAUCACGGGCGAUGUGCUCCUAGCGACCGCCGCGGGAUGGAGGGUUUCAUGGACUCAGGGACACAGACGGACGCGGUGGUGGUUCUGUCCUUGGCCCAGGCCGCUGUGCUGGGCCUGGUCUCGGAAAAUGAGCUCUUCGGAGCCACCAUAAGCGCCGACGCCUUCUACCCGGACCUGGGACCGGAGCUGUCCGGGGAGGCCAUGGGGGAGCCGGGGCCCCCAGCCCCCGCCGACAUCUACCAGCUGGCCUGCAGCGGACGGGCCCUGGAGGAGCCGGCGGAGGAGGAGGUGCUGGAGGUGGAGGCGGCCUUCGAGAAGCACACGCGGAGGAAGACGAGGCCGCCCGUGCGGCUGGUGCCCAAGGUCAAGUUUGAGAAGGUGGAGGAGGAGGAGGAGCAGGAAGUAUAUGAAGUCUCGGUCCCCGGGGACGACAAGGUCGCUGGCCCCGCCGAGGCCCCGGGCCAGGGGGCCACGGGGGGCUGCGAGCCGCUGGUGCAGAGCAGCGCCGUCAAGAUGAUCGAUCUCAGCGCCUUCAGCCGCAAGCCACGGCCACUGAUGCGCCACCUGCCCCGCGCCACCAGGCCUGAGCUGGACGUGGCCUCCUACGACCCCCACUUCCCCGACCCAGCCCGGGACGGCACUUUCCCCGAGCCCAGCCUGGCACUGCCCGGCCCCGAGGCCCUGACGGCCGAGUGCGGCUUCGAGCCACCACCCCUGGCCCCGCUGAGCGACCCCGAGGCGCCCCCGCUGGAGUCCCCCGAGCCCGCAAAGCCGGAGCAGGGCUUCGUGUGGCAGGAGGCCAGCGAGCUGGAGGCAGACGCGGCCGGCUCGACCGCGGAGCGCCACAAGAAGGCGCAGCUGGACCGGCUGGACAUCAACGUGCAGAUCGACGACUCGUACCUGGUGGAGGCGGGCGAGCGGCAGAAGCGCUGGCAGUGCCGCAUGUGCGAGAAGUCGUACACGUCCAAGUACAACCUGGUCACCCACAUCCUGGGCCACAACGGCAUCAAGCCGCACUCGUGCCCGCACUGCAGCAAGCUCUUCAAGCAGCCCAGCCACCUGCAGACGCACCUGCUCACGCACCAGGGCACGCGGCCGCACAAGUGCCAGGUGUGCCAGAAGGCCUUCACGCAGACCAGCCACCUGAAGCGCCACAUGCUGCUGCACUCCGAGGUCAAGCCCUACAGCUGCCACUUCUGUGGCCGCGGCUUCGCCUACCCCAGCGAGCUCAAGGCGCACGAGGUGAAGCACGAGAGCGGCCGCUGCCACGUCUGCGUCGAGUGCGGCCUGGACUUCUCCACCCUGACGCAGCUCAAGCGCCACCUGGCGUCCCACCAGGGCCCCACGCUCUACCAGUGCCUGGAGUGCGACAAAUCCUUCCACUACCGCAGCCAGCUGCAGAACCACAUGCUCAAGCACCAGAACGUGCGGCCCUUCGUGUGCACCGAGUGCGGCAUGGAGUUCAGCCAGAUCCACCACCUCAAGCAGCACUCGCUCACGCACAAGGGUGUGAAGGAGUUCAAGUGUGAGGUGUGCGGCCGGGAGUUCACGCUGCAGGCCAACAUGAAGCGCCACAUGCUGAUCCACACCAGCGUGCGGCCCUACCAGUGCCACAUCUGCUUCAAGACCUUCGUGCAGAAGCAGACCCUCAAGACGCACAUGAUCGUCCACUCGCCUGUGAAGCCAUUCAAAUGCAAGGUGUGCGGCAAGUCGUUCAACCGCAUGUACAACCUCCUGGGCCACAUGCACCUGCACGCGGGCAGCAAGCCCUUCAAGUGCCCCUACUGCUCCAGCAAGUUCAACCUCAAGGGUAACCUGAGCCGACACAUGAAGGUCAAGCACGGCGUCAUGGACAUCGGCCUGGACAGCCAAGACCCCAUGAUGGAGCUGGCAGGCACUGACCCCUCUGAGCUGGACGGCCCACAGGAGAUGGAGGACUUCGAGAACGCCUAUGCCUACACUGGGGUGGACGGCAGCGGCGAGGCCAGCGCGCUGAGCCAGCAGGCCAUGAAGGAAAUGGCCUUUUACAACGUGCUAUAGCCGUGCCAGCCACGAGGGGGCGGGCUCCUCCACCGAGCUUUUGCACCUGGGGGGCCCUGAGACCAAAUGCCCACCGGACUCCUGGCUGGCCCGGACGGAAGGACAGACAGAGGGACGGGGAAGGGCAGCUUAAGGGAGAAGUGCUGGUGGCGGCCCCGGGAGGCUCCUCAGGGCCCUGCACUGGAGGGGAAUGAGCCGAGCCAUGCCUUGUUCUCCUGCUCCGCCCCGCUCCUGCCUCCAGGGAUGACCCGGGGUGAGCGCAGCCCACCCACCACCCUCAUCCCCCAAGGCCAGGCAGGGCCCCUGCCUUCUACCUCCUGGUGCCUGCCUCGCCCUCCGCGAGCCAGGCGUGCAUGCCUCCCACCCCCGGCCCCCCACUCACAGCCUCUCCAGCCCACCCCAGAAGAGCCUGGUCCUAGAGUCCUGUUUUGGGGGGGCAGGUGUCUGCGAAGUAGGUUUCCACACGUGUCAGCCAGUCCCAUCUUGCCCAGGACGAGUGGGGAGGGGGGCGCCCGCCAGGAUUCCCCUCAGACACGUGAACCAAGCUGGAACAGGCCUGUAGGGGUGCAGGCUAGCAAGGACGCAGGGGUCCCUGGGUACCAGCAGGGGCGCCUCUGGUGUGGAAGAGGUUAUUCAGGGACAGCAAGCCCUCGCCAUUCAUUCUAGAAUGAAAUGGAAUCUUGCUGAGGAGCAGAGGACCCAGAAGGUGAUUCCGGUUUUCUUUCUUUUGACUUUAUAUCACCUGCCUUAGGUGUUUCCAGAUGGAGGGGCUCUUCCCCAGGGGACCGUGCUGCUGGGCUGUACCCCGAGUGCCCCAUACAGCCAGCAGGCCCAGGGGACAAGCACGUGAACCUGGAAGGGCAGCAGACCCCCAAGGCCCUCCCUGCUGGCAGGGCACCACCCUCCUCCCCUUUUAGCAGCCCCUUGGCACCUUUCCGCCCCUCCACCCAGGACCUCUGUCCUGGACCCUGAGAUGCAGGCCCCAGGCAUGAGUGGCAUGUUCAGGAACGUGGGGCGCCUGGAGCCAAGAAAGGGGAGAAGGGCUGGGACCAACCUGGAAUGGAGCUGCGCCCAUCCCCGACUAGGACCAAGCCGGGCCCCUGGGUGGCUGAAUCGGGAUGAGGGUGAUGGCCCUGACAGCCCACGGCACCGGCGGGGGCUCCAGAGACUCUCCUCAAGUGUCCCGACCCCACGGCCCUGGCCCCGUGCCCGCCAGGACAACCCUCAGGUGGCAGUGACACGUCACUGUAGAAGACAUUUUCUCCUGCUGAGCAGAAGCACCCGCCCCACCAACUACCUCUUCCCACUAUGUCUUUCUCCCCUGGUACCAAAAAGAACCCCGCGCCUCCUGGGCCGCCUCCACCCUGCCGGCAGCGGCCCUGGGCAGAGCGGGAGGGAAGCAGCACGGCCCCCAGCUCAAGCUGGGGUGGUCUCAGCAAGGCCCCCGUCCGCCCCCGCCCCAACCUUCAGAGGAGGCGUGGCCUCUCGGUGACCCGGAAACUCCUGGAAGGAUUCCACCCUAACUUAUUCUGACGUGUCCACAAGGCAACUGCCCUAGAGCGUCCACUCGUGCGAAGCCCUACUGUGUUUUUAUGUUCCUGUUGAAAAGAGAGGUUUACUUAGCAAUAAUAAAUAAAUGAAUAUUCUUUAGUGAGGUGA